AUGGGAGGAGAGAAGAAGACACGGUCGGUGGCGGUCAUAGGCGCCGGGGCAUCAGGCACUAUCACGGCUGCGGCGCUUCAAGCUGAGAACUACUUCACACGCAUCCGUGUAUUUGAAAGAAGAGAAUCUUCCGGCGGCACAUGGAUUUACGAUGAGAGCACAAAGCCACAUCUACCGGUGAAGCCAGGGGAUCUACCUGCCCAGAGUGAUCCCCCACUACAGAUUCCCUCGGUCUUACCAGCUACAACGGCCCCAAACCACCAAAACAGAUAUCUAGAGACUCCUAUUUAUGCGGGAUUGACAACCAACGUUCCGGCUAUAGCCAUGUCAUUUUCCGACGCGCCUUUCGCUUAUGGACCAUUCGUACCACAUUAUGUUCCUCAGCAAUAUCUAUCCAAUUAUUUCUCGACUCACAAGUUGGAUUCCCUUCUCGAACUGAAUACCACACUCGAGGACCUAACAGAAGUCAAGUCAGAGUCUAGAGAGAAGGACAAUGGGUGGAAAUUGACCCUCCGGAAGCGUGACUUGGUCCAGAAUGUGGACAUUUGGCGGGAGGAAUAUUUUGAUGCUGUGGUAUUGGCAAAUGGCCACUAUACAGUACCAUAUGUUCCUCACGUCAAGGGCCUGGAUGAGUACAUCAAGAAAUUCCCUGGCCGUGUGAUUCAUUCCAAGUCAUAUCGCGUGCCCCAUAUUUGGAAGGGGAAGAAAGCAGUUGUCAUCGGCAACUCGGCCUCAGGAAAAGACGUCUCGACUGAGUUGGUGAAAUGGGUAAGCCUCCCGCUCUACCAGUCCAGGAGGUCUAAAUCUAGAUGGGACGGCGAAGAGCCACCCCCAGGGAUUGAGUGGAAACCAAUCAUCAGCGAGUAUCUAUCGGAUGGGGGCAUUGUCUUCAGUGAUGGCACUAUCCUUCGGGACAUCGAUGUGGUCGUCUACGCCACAGGAUAUAAACCCUCUUUUCCGUUUUGGAAUCUAGAGAAGAAUGGCCGCCCGCUUUAUGAUUACGAGCAGGGCAAGCUCAUCAACAGCUACUGGCACACUUGGUUCCAUCAUUUCCCCACGCUGGCAAUUGUCGGCCUCCCUCGAGUUCUCACCUUCCGCAGCAUGGAGUAUCAGGCGAUUGCUAUUGCGCGACUUCUAUCCGGCAGACAAUGGAAGUCUCUUCCUCCCAUCAAGGAGCAGACAAGGUGGGAAGUGGAAAGACUUGAGAAAUCUAAAGCGAAAGGGACCAAAUUCCAUGACAUUGUGUGGGAUGAGGGGGAGACCCAAGAAUAUCUUGGUCUCUUCUUCCGUAUUGCUGGCCUGGGUACACUUCUUGGAGAGGGGCGAGUGCCCCCAGUUCUCAGUAAGGAGACCAUCUGGGCUAUUGAGAAUAUUAGGAAAUACCCAGAGCCAGGUAAGGACCAGAGCACAAGGGAAGGAUUCGCUCGUGGCGAGGAUGUACAAUCUGAAGAACGAGGCUGGGUUGUCGCCCACCGCCCAAACAAGGGUGCCUUAUGGUUCAUUUAG